AUGCGGCAAAAGAGGGAGCAUCCGAGGGGUACCUUGCGGAAGAGCCUGGCCUCGGCACCGUCGUUGUGGUCGGGUUGGCUGCGUCGGCAACCGACGAGCGGCUGGUUCUCGACGUCGCUGCCGGCCGGACUCGAGGCGCACGACCGGCCGGGUCGGGCCGCGAAGGCGCCGGCCUGCUGGUUCAUCGGUUCAAUCCGUUGCAGCGGCAGUCUCCGCGACGCCGUCGACCGGGACAGGCCGAGGCCACCUGCGGGAUCGACUCGUGACAUCGCGUGUGCUUGUGUCUGUGUGUGUGUGUGUGCGUGCGGAGGAGAGGAGAGGAGCGGCGUGGCGCGGCUGCGGAGAGGUGUCGAGUGGCGCGACUGGCCGCCUCGUCUGACUCGAGGCCGUUCCGGCUGGACCGGAAAUCGCCGCCUCCCGGUUGGCCAGCCGGACCGAGGCCACGUGGAGUGGGCCGAUGUCGAGGGUGCUGCGAGUCGCAAGCGUCCAAUCAAAUCGAGGCGUCACUCCAGCCCUCCUCGUCACUCGGUCUGCGCCGAGACGACUGCACCCGCUCGUCCGUCAACUCGGGCAUGCCCACCUGUGUCGGCUGGCCCACGCGACGGGACGAGGUGUUGCCGCGUCUUGACCAAUCACAAGCGCGGCACCGACUGCUCCGCUGACCUUGUCACUUGGGCACUGCCCUCGACACACCUACAAAGGGCACGCUUGACGCGGCUUGUCUGUCGCCUCGGCUGCGCCACUUCGACCCGGCAACGCAGGCUUGCCGGCGUCACUGCCGCCUCGGCCCUACUCUUCGUCUUGCGGCGCUCCGUAGGCCCACCCGGUUACCGUGGCUCGUCUCUCGAUGCCGCUUCUCCUCUCGACAGAUCAGCCAGACGCUUUGCCUAA